AUGUCGACGAGCCAUGCGAACCAUCAAAUACCAUCUAUAAUAGAGCAGCAAAUGCAACUGCAAGGGAAACCAAAUUUAGUUGAGGUACGAACGGCCUACGCUAAACGAAUGCAAGACGAAUUGGACUUGAAAGUCGGAGAUGUCAUAAAGAUUUUGAAGGAUGAUGAAUUGUAUCAUGACGGUUGGUACUUUGGCCAGAAUUUGAAGUCUAUGAAGCAUGGAUUGUUUCCUGUUGUUUUUACGGUUCCUGUUUUAGGUAAGGAGCCAAUUGAAACAAAGAAGAAAGACGUGCUGCUCGACAAUGAUAUCUCAAUUAUAACUACUAUUGAUGAUAUCGACAAGGCCUUGGAAGAAUUGAAAACUGACGGAUUUAGUACCAUGCUGCCUCAAUCUAUGGCAUCUUCUCCGAUAGAAGAAUUAUCAAAUCUUGAACCCUCUGGAGGUAGUAUAAGUUCUGCGGUUACCAGUUUAACAAUCUCGACAAAUGCAAAUAAAAGUCACAGGCAAUUAUCAUUUAACUCAAAGGAGCCUAGUAAAGCAAUUAGCCCUGAAGGAGUAUUACAAUGGACCCCAGAAGAAGUCACUGAGUAUUUUCUUUCAUUAAAGUACGAACCGUCAUUGGCUAAUCAUUUCCGAGAUGAUAAAAUAUCGGGGAAGAUAUUAUUGGAGUUAGACUUGAAUCAUUUAAAAGAAUUGAAUAUUAAUCCAUUUGGUACCAGGUUUGAAAUAUUUAAAGAAAUUGAAUAUCUAAGGAAGGUGCUAAGUAUGAAAAAAGACAAUAAUAGUAGCAUUAAUAAUUCUCCAAAAAAGACUACAGAGUUAUUACCUCCUGCUUUAACAAAUAAAGAAAUUCUUCCAAAUUCACACUCUAAAAAACUAUCUCAAUCACUAGUGGAUCUUCCCUCCGCAAAUAAUUCACCAUAUAUAAGGCAAACUAAUAAUAAUUCAAACAGCGGCAAGAGAAGGCAAAGACCCAAUUCUCUUGUGAUUGACCGAACUAAUCUUCCUCAAGAUAAGAUAAUGAGCGGAACAUCUAUUCCAGUGGUACUAGCUGAUGGUAUAUUUGAAUCUCCAGGAAAGGCCCCAAAGCCACCAUCUUACCCGAGUCCCAUUCAGGUCAAAACAUCCCCCGUUAUUAAUAAAUAUAAGCAUAGGUCACCUGAGGAUACUUACCAAUUCCCUAAUGAAAGGACGAAUUCUACAAGUUCUGCAGUAACGACCUCGUCCAAGUACCAAUUCCCUAACACAAAUUCACCUUUGACUUAUCAAUCAAAAAAAAAUGUAGCAACACAAACAACAUUAUCAUCGUCGAGUACCACUAAUUUAUCCUCUAAUACAGAAGAUACGACUAUUUCUGACCCAAUUGAUCAUAAUAAAGUCUCGGCGCCCUCAUCACUGAGAAAUCCAAGCAAUAAUAACAAAGCAAUUACUACAGGUGCAAAUGGUAACCGUAGAAAUUCUUCUUUCUAUCCACAACACCAGAAAAAUAUUUCAGCUGGGUCAUUUGUUGAUCUAUUUAAUAGAGUCUCCAUGUUAUCACCAAGCAAAGCCAAAACGGAUCCAGAAAUAUCUCAUUUUGAGCAACCACGAAGACCUAAAUCUGCCAUGUUCAUAAAUCGUAGUAGUCCCAAACACACUCGUUCAUCAUCCGUGGCAACUGGCUAUGUAUUUCCAAAUUCACCACGUAAAGCAUCAAAUGCAAGAUCAUCUUCUAUCGUCACAGACAAGAAUACAAAUGUUAUAAACCUAAAUGAACCUCAUCACCAUUCUCAUCAUUCUCGUCGUAGCUCUCAACAAAUAGCACAUGCAAGAUCCUCAUCUAGUAACGUUGCUACAGUGACACGUCAUAGAAAGACUCCGUCAUUACAAAAUUCCCCUAGAGAAACGGAUGGUGCAACACCUAAGGCACAACAUAAGAGAAGUUCCUCCUUUUUAGCAUUCUUUAGCAGCAGUAAACCUUCCCAGGAUUCUACCACCCAGAAACCUGAGCCUGAAUCUAAAUCUAAAUCAAGAACACCAUUACAUUCAAGAAAGAGUUCAUUAGUAACUAGUCCUACAAAGCACAGUAAAUCUUCGUCGUCCAAAAAGAAAAUAAUAAGAUCGAUCAGUGAUAUGGAUCCGCUACCACCACCACCUUCAAAUUCACAUUCAUCCAAAUCAAAGCAACAACAAAAGUCUAAGCAGAACCGUUCUAUAAGUGAGCAACAGCACGCAAGGUCAUCCAGUAGCAGUAAAUCUACUACUAAACUUCCCCGUCCUAAUAAUAAUAACAAUAAGCAGUCCACAUCCGCAUUCCAAGAAGGUAUAAGAACGAUAUCCGUGAAAGAUGCCAUUUUGUCUUCAAAUUGCUCCGGAUGGAUGAAUAAGAAGGGAACUGGAAAAAUCCCCACUUGGAAGACGCGAUUCUUCACAUUACAUGGAACUAGACUUUCAUAUUUCCUUGGCACCAAUGAUACUAGAGAAAGAGGACUGAUCGAUAUUACUUCACACCAUGUGGUUCCUAUACAAGAUGAUGGGGAUGAUAAAUUAACUGCAUUAUAUGCGGCAGGUAUGAGGAAGGGGAGGUACUGUUUUAAAUUGGUACCACCGCAGCCGGGUUCUAAAAAGGGAUUGACUUUCACCCAACCUAGAGUCCAUUAUUUUGCAGUGGAGACUAGAGAUGAGAUGAGGUCUUGGUUGGCGGCUUUAAUUAAGGCUACAAUCGACCUUGAUACUAGUGUCCCUGUCAUUAGUUCAUUUGCCACCGCCACUGUGUCGUUAGGGCGUGCAAAGGAAAUGUUGAAAGAGGCAAGAGAACUUGAGUUGUUGAGAGAGCAGGAAGGUUUCCUAAAUGAAGAAGAUGAGGACCAACUUUUAUGGGAGCAACAAAUACUGAAAAAUGAAGACGAUGCGUUUAUUGGUGGUGCUGAAGGUAAUAACAGAGAUAGUGUUCAAAUCAGACAAGAUUUUUACAACGCUGAUUUGAAGUAUCAAGGGGAAAAGAUAUAA